AGAGAACUCACUGGUUAAACGAGGGUUUAACGUUGUUCGUGUUUCUUUCUCUCGAAGCACGGUUUCAUUUUGCAGUUCCACCACCUCCACUCCACCACCAGAAACCGUUCUCUCACUUUUCUACCCUCUGCUCUGGUUUAUGCAUCGUGCUGAUGUAUUUGGUUUCGCCAUAGUUGUUCCCUGGCCUGGUCCUUUUUCCAGGUUUUUGGGCAUUCUGGGUUUUGAAUUGCUUUCUACGGUUUUUCCAGCAAUAUUCUUAUCACUUCUAAAAAAUGGAAAGUUCAGAUGCAACACUGACUAGUUCAUCCCUGCCACCACCACCUCCAUUAGCUGCAGAAGAUCCAGAGCCCAAGAAGCUGAAGAUGUCUACGGCUACUUCCGAUGAUGAAGAAUGCACAACUGCCACAGGCACCAAGAUAAGACCCAAGCGUCGCAAGAUAGCUAUUUUCUUUGCUUACUGUGGUGUUGGCUAUCAGGGUAUGCAGAAAAACCCCGGUGCAAAGACCAUUGAAGGUGACCUAGAAGAAGCUUUAUAUGCGUCUGGAGCUGUCCCUGACAAUGAUCGUGGAUAUCCUAAACGGUAUGACUUUGCUCGCUCAGCUAGAACUGAUAAAGGGGUUAGUGCUGUUGGUCAGGUUGUCUCCGGCCGGUUCUAUAUUGAUCCACCUGGCCUUGUUGACCGCCUUAAUUUAAAUCUCCCCCCUCAGAUCCGGAUCUUCGGUUUCAAGCGUGUGACAGCUUCCUAUAGUGCCAAGAAGUUCUGUGACAGGAGGAGGUAUGUCUAUCUCAUCCCUGUGUUUGCCCUUGAUCCAUGUUGUCAUCGUGAUAGAGAGACUGUCCUGGCUAGUUUGGGGUCUGAAAAUGAACUUGUUAAGUGUUUGCCGUGUUCUGAGAGAGGCCGGAAGGUGAUAGGGUUAGUUGGUAAUGGUAAACAUAAUCUGGAACUUGAAGGUGUGGAUGUUGGGGCUGGUCUCUCGUCAAACAGAAAUGACACGCUUACCUCUGGAGUUACAGAGGAUGCGGCGGAUCCUUUAAGCAAAGGUCAUAAUCAGUUAAAUGAGGAAUUGAGUAAUGAUAAUGAGGGUAAGGUUUCAGCGGAUGACAUGAAAACAAAAACUGAUCUUGAGGCUGUAGUUUCUGGUCAGGAUGAGGGUACUCCAUUGAGUGGUGGAUCUGUGAAUAAUUCAGGAAUUAUUGAGGAAGAAAAAAUGAAUGGAGAGGAUGAGCCUAACCAAGGAAGUAGAUUCUGUUAUGGCGAGAAGGAGAGGGAGAGAUUUAACAAGAUUUUGAAGUACUAUGUUGGGACUCAUAACUUCCAUAACUUCACCACCAGAAUAAAACCUGAGGAUCCUGCUGCACAACGCUUCAUUAUCUCGUUUGACGCAAACACCACUGUUGCAAUUGAGGGCAUGGAAUUUGUGAAGUGUGAGGUUGUUGGGCAGAGCUUCAUGCUUCAUCAGAUCCGGAAGAUGAUGGGGCUUGCAGUGGCAAUCAUGAGAGAUUGUGCACCAGAGUCACUUAUCGAUAAAGCUUUGCAGAAGGAUGUUAGCAUCAUAGUGCCUACUGCCCCUGAAGUUGGAUUGUAUCUAGAUGAGUGCUUUUUUACUUCUUAUAACGACAAAUGGAAAGAUACCCAUGAAGAGGUGUCAAUGAAAGCGUAUGAGAAAGAAGCUGAAGACUUCAAAAUGAAAUACAUAUAUUCUCACAUUGCUUCCACAGAACGAAAGGAAGGAACUGUCGGUCUUUGGUUGCAUUCUUUGAACCAUAGAAAUUAUCCAGAUCUGCGUAUCCUUGAUGAGGAAGGCAUCACCGAUAACAAGAGAUCUGAAACUGAAAUUGUGACUGAGUGAAAAUUUUCCUACCAUUGAGUGUAGAACUAUUUCUUUUUGAUUGAUUUAUGGCUUUAUGCUACAAACUUUGACUACUACAAACUCAUUAUAUCUACAAUAUACACAAGCGGUGUCUGUUUGUGUUCAUUACAUGGUAAGAGAGGAAAAGGAAAUGAAAGAGUAUUUUUGUUAUACUCAUUUUCAUUCAAUAUGAUUUUUCUCGAGGUUGAAACAUAAAUGACUGAUGGUCAUUCACAUGUGCUGCAGAUUCCUUUGUGAAUCAAUCACCUGAUGAUAUGUAUUUUUUUUGCAACUUCAGAUAUAUUUUAGUUGAUAUGACUCGUGAAUUUUGCCCCA